AUCAAGGUGUAGCUAGUAACAAACCUCUCCGUUGCUAAGCUAAAACUGAUACUGCUUUCCACUCCGUGGCUGUAGAUUUGGAAAUAAAAACGUGGUGACACAGCAAAUAAGAGGACGAGGAAGUUCCAGAUAUUUCGCAAAGAAUAUAUGAAAUGUGUAAAAUAGACGGGUUAUUGCAGAGACAUUCCUUUUACAGCAAGAUCAGCCAGGCAGGUCAUCACAUGGGAGCGCCAUUGACUCAAUGCCAGCGUCCGUCAAACUGCAAGGACAGUGAUAGAAACGCGGAAAAUCUCGCUUAGCCGGGCUCAAGAAAAGUUUGUCAAUAGAGAAUAUACCGACCGACCACUUGGCCUAGGCUGUUGUUCAUGUCCGUGACAUUAUCCCCAGAUAACUGUCUGUAUGGGAACAUCGGAACGCCUCCGCUACAGCCGUUGCACCUGUCUGCACAGCAGCAAGCCUUCAUCGGAACCAUAGUUCACACACUCUACAGACAAGACACUUUUCACAGGACAACAGAAAAUAGGAGAAUUUGGAAUUUUAUUUAUUUACUUGAACACUUUCGGGCUGAAUGCAUCCCGGCGAAGCAUUGGUUAGGCUACAUCUUUGCUGACGAUAAAUUGAACAAGCAUGCCGAACUACAUUUCAAGUAUAGUUUUUGUUUGUGGCAUGUUUUGCCCUAUGCUAUAGUCUAUUAUUUUAGACUAGGCUAGCCUACUGAUUCUGUUGGAGCAAAAGCCUAUAGCUUUCAAAACGGAACCUAAAGGGCACACACAUUAUAGCAAAACUAAUUCGCCAAUGAUGUGGUUUCCUACCUAGCGGUUACAACUGCCGGACAACUUUUUUUAAUGGAGUAAAUCACCAAUACGGAUCCAGGAUUCAACUAUGCCUGUAAGAAAAAAAGACACAGCUAGGGCCCUAGGCCUUUUGGAAGACUACUGUGCUAAACUGAGGAAGCCAGAGGAACAACAGCUCAAAACUGCCAUUCAGAGAGUGAUGGGGGUCUUCAAAAGCAGCCUGUUCCAAGCACUGCUUGAUAUCCAGGAGAUCUAUGAGGUGACGCUAUUGAACACCCAAAAGAGCAGCGAGCAGAAGCUGGAAGAGAUCAACCACAUGGCUGACAAGUGGGAGCAAACAGGCACAGGCUUCCCCACCACGGUGCUACAACAUUCCUGCCCAACAGAGAUGAGGGAGCGGAGCAGCUCAGAGCCCAGUAGGAAGGUGCAGACCGAGAUCAGUGUAAAAGUCUCUGAAAUGCACCUCACUAGGAUGACUCAAGUCAAUCCGCCUGCUUAG